UCAGCUACCUAAAGACAGCUACCUCACUAAAGUCACUGCCAAUGCUGCUUUAUAGCAACAGCUCCCUUCCUAUUGAAGUCUCUGAAUUCCUCCUCAACUGUUUUACCAGGUCUCCCACCUGGCAGCGCUGGCUGUCCCUGCCCCUCAGCCUCCUCUUCCUCCUGGCCAUGGGGGCCAAUGCCACCCUCCUGAUCACCAUCCGGCUGGAGGCCACUCUGCACCAGCCCAUGUACUACCUGCUCAGCCUCCUCUCCCUGCUGGACAUUGUGCUCUGUCUCACCGUCAUCCCCAAGGUCCUGGCCAUCUUCUGGUUUGACCUCAGACCCAUCAGUUUUUCUGCCUGCUUCCUCCAAAUGUUCAUUAUGAAUAACUUCCUGCCUAUGGAAUCAUGCACCUUCCUGGCUAUGGCCUAUGACCGCUAUGUUGCCAUCUGCAAACCUUUGCGUUACCCAUCCGUCAUUACGGACCGAUUUGUGGCAAAGUCUAUUGCCUUCAUCUUGGUCCGGAACACUUUUUUCACUGCACCUAUCCCUAUCCUCUCUGCUCAUCUCCACUAUUGUGGAAAAAAUGUAAUUGAGAACUGUAUCUGUGCCAACCUCUCUGUUUCCAAGCUCUCCUGUGAUAAUGUUGCCCUUAACCGAAUCUACCAGUUAAUUGUGGCCUGGACUCUUAUAGGAUCUGACCUCAUCCUCAUCUUUCUCUCCUAUAUUUUCAUCCUCCAUGCUGUUCUUAGACUCAAGGUAAAAGGGGCAGCUGGCAAAGCUCUGAGCACCUGUGGCUCUCACUUCAUUCUCAUCCUCUUCUUUAGCACCAUCUUGCUGGUGUUUGUUUUUACCCAUAUGGCCAAGAAAAAGGUUUCCCCUGAUAUCCCUAUCUUACUUAAUGUCCUACACCAUGUAAUUCCUGCAGCUCUGAACCCCAUUGUCUAUGGAGUACGAACCCAGGAGAUUAAACAAGGGAUUUGGAAAUUACUGAGGAGGGAUAGAUAA